AUGCGUUACGCAGCAGCUUAUGUUCUUGCAACACUUGCUGGAAAUACAAAUCCUGAUGUCUCAACAAUAUCAAAAAUUCUUGGAAGCGUCGGAAUUGAUUGUGACAAUGCAAAAGCACAAAAAGUAAUCGAUGCAUGUAAAGGAAAAAAUGUUGAUCAAAUAAUUGAAGAAGGUACCAAAAAAUUAUCUAGUUUACCUGUUGGUGGUGCAUCGGUUUCAUCAACUGAAGGAGCAUCAACAACAACUGGAGGAGCAGCAACUACUGCUAAACCUGCUGCUAAAGAAGAACCAAAGAAAGAAGAAAAGAAAAAAGAUGAAUCAGAUGAAGAAGGAGAUGAUAUGGGAUUUGGUUUAUUCGAUUAA